GACCGUUUCUUAUUUUGUCCUGAAGCAAUUUAUAAAGCACAGGCUAAAACAGGUGAAAUCAAAGGGCAUUACUUGAAUGCUACUGCGGGUACAUGUGAAGAAAUGAUAAAAUGGCCAUGUGUUCCAGAGACUUGGGAGUUCCUAUCGUAAUGUAUGACUACUUAACAGGUGGGUUCACUGCAAAUACUAGCUUGGCUCAUUAUUACCGAGAUAACGGUAUACUUCUUCACAUCCACCGCGCAAUGCACGCAGUUAUUGAUAGACAGAAGAAUCAUGGUACACACUUUCAUGUACUAGCUAAAGCUUUACUUAUGUCUGGUGGAGAUCAUAUUCACGCUGGUACAAUAGUAGGUAAACUUGAAGGAGAAAGGGAAAUAAGUUUGGGCUUUGUUAAUUUAUUACGUUAUGAUUUUAUUAAACAAGAUUCAAGCUGUUGUAUUUAUUUCACUCAUGAUUGGGUUUCUCUACCAGGUGUUCUGCCCGUAGCUUCGGGGGGUAUUCACAUUUCGUAUAUGUCUGGUUUGGUGGAGAUCUUUGGAGAUGAUUAUGUAGUACAAUUCGGUGGAGGAACUUUAGGACACCCUCGGGGAAAUGCACCGAGUGUCAUAGCAAAUCGAGUAGCUUUAGAAGCAUGUGUGCAAUCUCGUAAUGAGGGACGUGACCUUACAACCAAGGGUGCUAAAAUUAUCUGCGAGGCUAGCAAAUGGAGUCCUGAACUAGCUACUGCUUGUGAAGUAUGGAAGGAGAUCACAUUUGACUUCAAACCAGUGGAUACUUUAGAUAAAGAAGAUAAAGAAAAAUGAUAAAAAGAAAAAU